CAAUGUCUAAAACUUCCAUGUACAUAAAAGAAUAAAUUAAGCAGGAGAGCUUGUGCUUCAUCCAUGGCCUUCAAGCAAAAUAUAUCACAAAAAUUAUUCAACAUAUUCAGUAACAAAUUCUCGAAUCAAACAUUAAAGAGUUGCCGCAUAUCUUCAUCUUCAUCUGCAGUUCAAUCCAUGAUUCCACAAAAUCUUGACGCAGUAGCGCCUGAUCCAAGAGUGAACUCGAUCUUCCGGAGGCCACUUUACUUGUCUUCUACGAUGACCAUGCCUAAGAUCCUUCGUCCCAGCGGUGAGAAGCUAUUGGAGACGCUCAAGGAGAUGGACAUUGCCAGAAACCAAGCCCGACUCCAGACUGAGGGACGAUUGACUACAACCGAUGCUGAGAAGAUCCUUAGAGCUUCGCAAAUGGAGGCGUUGAAGUUGAAGCUGAGAAUUAAUCAGAAAAGUCAUGUAGCAUAUGAUGAGUUCAUUCAGAUAUGUGUGGAUGAAUGUUCUAAUCGCGAUCAAGGGGUAGAUCUAGCCAGAGUUCUUGAUAAUUCCGGUUCUGUCAUCGUGCUAGGGAACAUCGUUUUCCUGAAGCCUGAACAGGUAGUGAAAGCGAUCAACAAGUUGAUGGCUGGAGACGAUCUUCCAACGAAGGAAUUGAACGAAAUGGAGCAUUGGAAGUCAGAGAUCGACGACAAGGCAGCUAAGAUGGUCCGGCGGGAGCUUUGGGGUGGACUAGGGUACCUGGUAUUGCAAACAGCCGCGUUCAUGAGGUUAACAUUUUGGGAACUAUCAUGGGAUGUCAUGGAACCGAUAUGCUUCUAUGUGACAUCACUAUAUUUCAUGAUAGGAUAUGCAUAUUUCAUAAGAACAUCAAGAGAACCUUCUUUCGAAUCGGUUUUUCAGAGCAGGUUUCGUGCAAAGCAGAUGAAGAUGAUGAAAAUGGAAGGGUUUGAUGUUAAAAGAUAUACCGAGUUGAUGAAAGCUUGUCGGUCUCAUGAUAAGUCAUGGCGGAUGGAAGGUUUAUAGUGGGAGGGUUGAUUAAUGGAUCUUUAAUUUGAUCAUGAA